GCAAGAUGGCAUAAUAGAUGCGACGCUGCUUUUGACGUUCGUGUAUGAGUUUUUUUUUGGUUCCUUCUACUUUGAAAACGGUAGGAAGUAAAAAUUGUUGGUACGGUGCUUAGUCCUCAAUAGUUUAACUGAGGAUGUGGUGGAAAGAGUUAAGUUCAGUAGAAGAGAUUCAAGUAAAAAGAAUAGCAAUUUCGAGUACAUAGUACGCGAGACACACGAGGUCCCGCGAUUGGCUAGUUUAUGAAACGACGAUGGCUCCGUGAGGAGAGAACAUGGCUGCGACGCAAGCCGAGAGCCAACAAAACGAUGUGAAGCUGAACGAGACCGUGAAAUGCGCACAGAAACGUCCGCAAGUCGGUGGGAAUAGUGCGAGUGUUAAUUCAAAGCAGCAGCUGGAUCCAGAGCCGGGUGAUAAAGUGCCCCGGGGCGCGGCCCAGCUGCUUAAAUAUGUGAAUCGCGGCGGGGACACGGGUUUCGAGAUGAGUCAAUACCGCGAGGACAUUGGUGGACACACUACCGGUGAAGUAAAAUCACCCAGAGAGGCUGGUCAAGCUCCUCAAGAAUCUGUCGGCAAACAAGAGCCUCUCGAUGCACCCGGGCAUCCAAACCAUCCCGGACAUCCGUUUACGUCUAAUGUUAUACGUGAUUACCCGGAGGAGUAUACCAACAAAUCAAACGAAUUUCCCUCCAAAUCGUUAACUGAUUACCCAGGCAAACAGGUACCAGAAUAUGUGGGAAAGCAUGGAGAAUUUCCAGGGAAACAGUUGGAUUAUCAUGGUAAACACUUAAUACAUGAAAGUGAAAGAGUUCAUCGGGCUGAAAUGGAAGAGCACUAUGCAGCUUCCAAGAUUGAAUCACGAUUGGCAUACGUAGGGGCCACGCCAAGUAGUUUUCCAGGCCAGCCAAGGUUUCUGUCGGGACAAAGUAUAUCGCAAGCUACUGGUCCAACACCUACGUUAAACCAAUUACUUCAAGCAUCUACACCUGUACAUCGGUUCCAUGGAAACUAUCCUGCAAUGGGACCAGAACCUUAUCAACAACCUUGGCCCAUUCAACGACCUCCAGUUGUCCCUCCAGUUUAUCCACAACCUGGUCAACGACCUCCACAGACGGGUUCACCAAGAUUACACGCAGGACCUGGAGGCCCAAGUUCUCCAACUCCUAUGCCAUAUCAGCAAUAUACACAACGUUAUUCUUCCCCAACAAGACCCCAUGCACCGUAUAGCCACCAUCAGCUAAAUUCAUACACUACACAAACCAGCCACCCUUCCAGUUUAUAUACAGAACAGAGGGGUUGGAAUCAAGGUGGACCACCAAAUCCACCACCACCUCCAACUAAUCAAGCUAAUCCUUCCAGUCAAUCACCACAACGUGCUCUUUCUCAAUCUCCAGCACCACCACCUUCAGCAUCUCCACAGCCACAAUCAACUGGCCAAUCUCAAAGUUUCCACAACCUGCAGCAGCGAUCAACAACACCAAAUACUCAAGGAAUUGAUUCAGGGGAAUUGUCAGGACAAAACAGUAACGAUAGUUCGAAUGGACCUGCUUGUCCAGGAACACCAAACUCACAGGGGAUGAGACCAACCCCUUCUCCUACUGGAUCUACAGGUUCCCGCUCAAUGUCCCCUGCUGUUGGUCAACAAAACGUUCAGAUGCCUCCACGCCCGUCAAGUAGCCAAUCAGAUGGUAGUGGACCAGCACGAAUGAGUCACUCUCCUAUGACAACUCAAGGAGCAUACCAGCAGCCAUUGGGUCCUUCACCACAUAUGCAUAGUUAUAAAAUGAAUAAUACUGGUCCUGGGGUUGUUCAACCAGGACCUGGUUCUGCAGGUCUUGGUGGAAUAAACCCAAUGGGUGGUGGAAUGGGAUAUGCAGCUGGUGGAACGGCUGCCGGUCAGCCUGGGGGUUAUCACGCGCAAACCACCUACCCGCCUCCUCGCCCACAUGUACAAUUUUCACAAGGAUAUCCAUCACCAGCCAAUUCACAACCACCACCUAACAAUCAAUAUCAAGCUCCUAAUAGACCCAAUAAUUUGGUGCAAUAUGCUCCGUACACGCAUAAAAUGGGAUUUAAUAGUGUACCGCCAGGAAUGCCUCCUAGCCCAGGACCACCUCAAGUUUACGGAAGUAGUAGUACAGCAGGUAUGGUACCACCAGGUACACCUGGAGUGACUGUGAUCGGUAAUAUGGGUCCGCCAGCAAGUUCUAUGGGCCCUCCGCCACCAUCGCCUAAUCAUGUCAGUAGUCAACCACCACCGACAAGCUCGGCUGUGCCACAUUUGCACACUCCUUCGGCUACACCACCUCUCAACCAUGAAGGAAGUCCAAUGCCUCCACCAAGUACUACUCCUAAUUCACAUCCUGCUUCAGCGCCAACACCAACCAGUCACAGUUCUGCAGAUCUUACCGAAACUUCUAACGACAGUGGCAUAACUACUACCGCUUCAGGUACAUCAGCGAUAAACGUUACGUCCACCUCAAGUGGUACUGUUACAUCAGUAAUAACCACUGGUCCUGAUGGUACAUCUUUGGAUGAAGGUUCUCAGCAAUCUACGUUAUCAAAUGCAUCAGCAGCUUCUGGAGAAGAUCCAGCAUUUACACCAAAGGCCCGGAAAGAAAUGAUGGGAGGGUAUCAUAGCCAUCCAACUACACCACAGAGUACAGUUCCAUCACCUGGAGCUGCGAGUAUUAAUUCUAUACACGAAGAAUAUCCCGAUAUGAAUAGUCCUGGUUGGCCACGUACUCCUGCUAGUCCUGUAUUUAACAGUCAUGUGCCUCAAGACCCAUACAGAUCUAAGAAACCUGACAGCUUAGCAAAGUUGUAUGAAAUGGAUGAUUCAAUGGAACGAAGGACAUGGCUGGAUAAGUUAGUUAACUUCAUGGAAGAACGAAGAACACCAAUUACAAGCUGUCCUACCAUCUCCAAGAACCCCCUCGACCUAUUUCGGCUAUACCUCUACGUGAAAGAGAGGGGGGGCUUCAUGGAGGUAACAAAGAAUAAAACGUGGAAAGACAUAGCUGGUUUAUUGGGAAUCGGCGCGAGCAGUAGUGCAGCGUACACAUUAAGGAAACAUUACACGAAGCACUUAUUGGCAUAUGAAUGUCAUUUCGAUCGUGGAGGUGUGGACCCUCAGCCUAUUAUAAACCAAGUUGAAGCUGGUUCGAAGAAGAAAGCAUCCAAAGGAACUGCCUCUGUACCCUCACCAGGGUCUUCCAAUUCACAAGAUUCCUUCCCUGCUGCUGGUUCGAGUAAUGCUUCCAUGGACGGUUAUGGAACUUAUCAGAGCGGUUAUACCGGUGGCACACCUGGAGGACCUUCAUCAGAGUACACGCCUCCUCCUCCCAGACCACCAAGCCAGAGUAGCGCUCCUUCCCCUCAUCAAGGUGGUUUGAACCAGGGCGGGCAGAAUAACGCAGUAAACAUGCCGAAUCCGUUCGACGACGUUAUAGGACGCUUUUCUCGCAAGUCGAACACAACGCCCUACCCUGGUCCAUUACGAGCCCCAGGCAUGCAACAAGGCAGUUACCAGAAUACAGGUUCCUAUCAAAACUACCCUCAGGAUCAGUAUAUUCGACCUCAAGCAAACACAUUGUCUCAACAGGGAGAAUUCAAUCAACCUUAUUCUCCGAGAUCACAUUACUCACCUUACGUGCCGGAUGUUGAUAGAGGAUAUGCCGGGGCAAAUAUGCCACCGAAUAAUGCUAGUGGACAGGAUUUAUACAAUAGAUAUAGCAGUAGUCAGCAACCCGCAAGUUAUCCAGCAGGAACACCACCUAAUGCAAGAAGUAACAGCUAUCCGUCUACGCCACAAGCACAUCCAGCUACUGUACCUCAACAAACGGCAACUAGCCAGCCUUCUUCACCUUCGCAACCUUCCGCUGCUUCGUCUUAUUCUUGCCCCCAAGACUAUUAUCGACAGGAACAGGGUGGAUACGGUGCCCCUGGAGGAACACAGAUAUAUUCAGGUGGUGGGAGCGGAAAUAAAACCAUGCCACCACCACCCCCAGGACCAAACCCACCUAGACGUCAUCCUGAUUUUGCCAAAGAUCAACAGUAUCCCCAGUAUAAUCAACAACGACCAGCGUAUCCAGGAUGGCCAAAUACGACUAAUCAGUACAAUAGUAGUAGUGGAAAUAAUAGGGUUCCCUAUCCAACUCAGCAACCACAGUCUCAAACACCACAGCAACAACAACAGGCACAGCAGCCAACGCCACCGUCUGCUUCCUCUACAUCGUCGUCGGCACUUGCUAGUAGUCAACAAUGGGGUAGUCAACAACCAAAUAGAACAACGCCUCAACCAACAUUGAACGCUAUAGCCCAUGCUCCUCCACCGUGGGACCAUCGUUACGCAAAUCAACCAUCCCCUCUUUAUCCUGCGCCUGGAAAUCACCAGAAUCAGCUUGGUAUAAAUCCGAUGAUUAAUCAACAGCCUACUUCGAAAAGAGAAAUGACAUUCCCUCCUGACAGUGUGGAAGCAGUAACUCCACUUCUUUAUAAACGGCGGAAACUUACACGCAACGACGUUGCACCGGUAGAAGCUUGGCGGGUUAUGAUGGCUUUGCGUUCAGGUCUAUUAGCUGAAAGUUGCUGGGCCCUUGACGUACUAAAUAUUUUAUUGUUUGAUGAUUCUUCUGUAAGUUAUUUUGGGUUGGCGCACUUGCCCGGGCUGUUGGAUGUUCUGCUGGAACAUUUUUCACGUUCGUUGUCCGAUAUGUUCGAGUCAGCGGUGAACGAAGAUGAUCGGAAUUGGAAUCAAGCGGCGACGGCGGCGGAUGGUCCUGAAGUUGAUCUCGGCGCCGUAACUCGUCCCGUUGAUCCCGAGGAUCGAACGAAACUACUUUCCUCGUCGAAUUACACAUUUUUAUCGAGACGUGGUCGUCCAGUCAAAAUUGUCCCGAGAGACGAUGAUUUGUUCGUGCUGGACACGCGGAGGAGUUGGGAUCAUCAAGAGUGCGAGCCGGAAACUGAACCUUGGCAAGUGGACAGCAACACCACCAAGUACAUCGUAACCUGUUUUCAGUCUGAAAUAGGAUCGGUACCGUUUGCCCGUCUUCUUCGAGACGAAAAGCCUCCUUUACUCCAGAAAGAAGUUGACUGCACAGAUUCGAAGGACGAAACCAAAGCGGAGCCUGGUACGUUAGAGGCGUCCGAGUUUUCACGUAAAACAAUCACAGAACCUGAUGAAAAACCAAAAGAAACGAACGAGAAGAAACAGCAGCUAGACAAAAAGAAAAAGACAAAGACGUUGAGCGACGUUUUGUCGAGGAUCAAAAAGGAACCGGUAGAAAUGAACGAUCUUACGAGGGAAUUGUUUGAGAAGAAGAACGAUGGAUUUAAAAAAGAAUGCGAUAUGGAGGCGAAAGUGAACAACAACGUUGGCGAACAUUUUGCGGAUGUCGAAAAGUCCGAAGAGGAACUUGUUCCGACUCAAAAUGGACUGAGCGAUGCAACAGGUAACCAGAUCGAGUUGGAGAAGAGCGAAAUUAAAGUAGAGAACGAAGAACAAGAGACAGAAACGAAAGAUGACGAUGAUGAUGAUAAUAAGGAGGGACCAAGAUUAGACAUAAGAGAUCCGGCUGGAACAUUGAAAAGAAGACGAAUAAGUGAUUACGAGGAUGAAAGUUACUCAAGAGACGAAGCGAGUUUAUAUCUUGUUACAGAGACUCAAGAUAACUUGGCUCGACGUUGCGUCUGUUUGUCUACUAUUUUAAGGAAUCUCACAUUUAUACCCGGAAACGAAGCCGAAUUCGCGAAGAACGUUACAUUUUUGAGUCUCCUUGGGAAAUUGUUGUUGCUACACCACGAGCAUCCGGUCAGGACGCAAAAGACGCGCAAUUACGACCGAGAGGAGGAUGCAGAUUUUGCUGAUUCUUGCAGUAGCUUGCAAGGUGAGAGCGAAUGGUGGUGGGAUUUCUUGCAUCACAUCAGAGAAAAUAUACUGGUUAUGGCAGCGAAUAUAGCUGGACACAUGGAUCUAAGUCAACAUCCAGAAGAAAUAUCUCGACCGGUAUUGGACGGUCUGUUACAUUGGGCGGUAUGUCCAGCCGCACACGGUCAAGAUCCUUUUCCCACCGUCGGACCGAAUUCUUCUUUAUCGCCGCAAAGAUUAGCACUCGAGGCAUUAUGCAAGCUUUGCGUUACCGAAUGCAACGUGGACUUGGUUGUUGCGACACCUCCUUACUCGAGACUUCAGAGACUUUGCUCUGUAUUGACCAGGUUACUUUGUCGAAGCGAGGAGCAAGUGUUACGCGAAUUUGGCGUUAAUCUAUUGCACUUUUUGUCUGCGGCCGACAGCGGCGUAGCCCGUACGAUCGCUCUCCAAACACCCUGCGUUGCGCUGUUAGUAGCAUUCAUCGAGCAGGCGGAAUCUAGCGCGUUAGGUGUCGCGAAUCAGCACGGAUUAGCCGCUUUACGUGACAAUCCGGAAUCGAUGGGUACCAGCUUGGACAUGCUACGACGCGCAGCUGGCACGCUGCUUAACCUCGCCAGGCAUCCUGACAACAGAACUCUGCUCUUACAGCACGAAUCACGAUUACUCGCCUUGGUGAUGAGUCAAAUAUUGGAUCAGCAGGUGGCUGCGAUUGUUGCUCGUGUAUUGUUCCAGUGUUCCAGGGGCACGUAACUUUGUUAAGACGGUAUUUCGUUUUUCAUCCGCGGGUGUUUGUUUGUUUAGCCCCUUUGUGCAAAAUGAUCUUUCUUUUUUUUUUCUUUUUGUUUAUUAAACGAGACAGACAGCUAAUACGAGCUGCUAAUUCGGUAGAGAAUCCAAGAUACCGAUAUAUAUAGAGAAAAGUAGAAUGAGUGCGAGUGAGAGAGAGAGAGAGAGAGAGAGAAGAUAUAUAUAUAUAUAUAGAGAGAGAGAGAGAGAGAAAAGUUGCGAUGAACGGGAUGAAGCAAGAAAUAGGAGAAGAAAGAAAAACGCGGGAUUAGAGUUUUGUGUAGAAGGAACAAAGUGUCGAUAUAUAACGCCAUCGCAGUGUGGUUGUAGUUUUAUAUCGAGUAAACCAGAGAAAUAAGAAAGUUAAUUAUCGGUGUUAGCGAGUUAAGGUAUGCUACGACACGACCGCUGUACCUGUCGAGUAUACCUUUCCUACUUCGUGAAUUGGAAAUAAUAUCGAUAGUGUAAGAUAUUUCAUAGUUAAUGAAGAGAAAAGGAGGACUGCUGAAAAUGAACAGAUGUAACGAAGAGGAGGGAAUUCGUGAAGAUAUAGAGGGGUUAAUGAUAAAGAUGGGAACGGGUUGAAGGGAGAAGAAAAGGGAAGAAAAUACACAGAUGUUGAAAUGAUGACAGAGAAAUGAAUAAGAGAAAGAAAAAACAACAACAACAACAACAACAAAUGUUUAGCAGCAUAAUAAUAUAUUAAAAGGAAAUGACGAUUGAAACAAAACUAAAAAAAAUUUGUUUGACGAACCUAAAAUGGUGCGAUGUGGAAUGAUAAUAUAGGAUGACGAUUAUAUAUAUAAAUAUUAACGAUAAUAUAAUGCAAAUUUUUAUAUUUGCAUGUUUUGUGCUGUAAUUAGCGAGUAAUUAAGAUAUUUUGUAGAUAACACACACUUCCAUUGAAUCUUAUUCGAACUGCGUUGCGCCGUAUAAACGUGGAGAAGAAAAGAAAACUGAUACGAUACGACGCAAACGCUAACGGUGGUCUCCCUUGCAAAAA